GUUGAAUCGCGAAUUGCAACUGCUUAAACAAUAGUCACUGAUUUUCGAAUGUUGACUCCAGUUUCAGUGUCCUUCGUACAUGUUCACUCCAAUAUUUUGUCUUGCAAAAAUCAAUGGUUUUUUCUUACAUUCUUUGUUCUUCACAUAGGAGAAUUUAGUUAUCAAGAAGUAAGAAUAUGAGCAAGAUUAAGCAUUAUCUGAAACGGGUUCUUUUAGACAGCAUUCAGAGAUGCAAAAAGUUGAUAACUUUCAAGAAAAUCCAUGCACAGUUGAUAACAUCAGGGGUUGUUUCUAAUGACUUUGUUGUCAACAGGGUUGUUGAGUUCUUUGCAAAAGGUCCUAACUUUGUUGAUUAUGCAUGUGAUUUUUUGAAUGAAUAUGAUUGGAAAGUCAGCUCAUUUCCAUUCAAUGCCUUGGUUUCUGGUUACGCUAUUGGUGAUAGGCCCAAGACUGCAUUCUUAGUUUAUAGAAGGAUAGUGAAAGAUGGGUUUUUGCCUGAUAUGUUUACUUUCCCUGCUGUAUUGAAAUCAUGUGCUAAGUUUGUGGGGAUUGGUGAGGGUAGGCAGGUUCAUGGGGUGAUUAUUAAGAUGGGUUUUGUAUGUAAUAUCUAUGUUGAAAAUUCUCUUGUUCAUUUUUACAGUGUUUGUAAGAGUUUUGGUGAUGCUAGCAGAUUGUUUGAUGAAAUGCUUGUGAGAGAUGUGGUUUCUUGGACUGGUGUUAUAUCAGGGUAUGUGAGAGCAGGCUUGUUUGAUGAGGCUGUGGUUUUGUUUUUGAGGAUGGAUGUUGAGCCUAAUGCUGCAACUUUUGUUAGCGUAUUAGUUGCUUGUGGGAGAAAGGGGUAUUUGAGUGUAGGGAAGGGGAUUCACGGGUUGAGUUUCAAGAGUGCGUUUGGGGUAGGUUUGGAGGUUAGCAAUGCUCUUAUGGAUAUGUAUGUGAAGUGUGGGUGUUUGCCUGGAGCAAAACAAGUAUUUGAUGAGCUUGCUGAGAAGGACAUUGUUUCUUGGACCAGUAUUAUAAGUGGAUUGGUGCAAUGCAAUUGUCCGAAGGAGGCUUUGGAGUUGUUUCAGGAUAUGCAAAGCUCUGGUAUUGAGCCUGAUGGGAUUAUACUUACCAGUGUGCUUUCAGCCUGUGCCAGUCUUGGAGCUCUUGAUUAUGGCAGAUGGGUUCAUGAGCACAUCGACCGCAAGGCAAUCAAGUGGGAUAUUCAGGUUGGAACUGCUAUGGUUGACAUGUAUGCAAAGUGUGGAUGUAUAGAGAAGUCAAUGCAGAUCUUUGAUGGAAUGCCUCAUAAGAAUGUUUUGACAUGGAAUGCAUUGCUAAAUGGCUUGGCUAUGCACGGGCAUGCCUACAAGGUACUUGAACUUUUCGAAGAAAUGGUUAGGGUAGGCAUGAGGCCAAAUGAGGUGACAUUUCUAGCAAUUUUGACAGCCUGCUGCCACUGUGGCUUGGUCAAUGAAGGGCGUCAGUACUUUAAUUGGAUGAAAAGUCAGCAAUAUAAUCUUCCUCCGAGGUUAGAACACUAUGGAUGCAUGGUGGACUUACUUUGUAGGGCUAGACUCUUGGAUGAGGCGUUGGAAUUGACAAAGGCUAUGCCCAUGUCACCUGAUGUUCGGAUAAUGGGAGCUCUUCUUAGUGCUUGCAAGGAAAAUGGGAAUGCGGAACUGCCACAAGAAAUACUAGACCGGUUUGUAGAGUUAGACUCUCAUGAUAGUGGCGUUUAUGUGCUGCUUUCCAAUAUACAUGCUAUCAAUCAAAGAUGGGAUGAUGUCACGAGAAUAAGGAGAUUGAUGAAGGAGAAAGGUAUUAAAAAACCCCCAGGGUCAACUGUUAUAGAGUUGGAUGGCAAGGCUCAUGAGUUCAUCGUUGGAGAUACAAGACAUCCUCAGGACAAGCGCAUUCGUUUAUUGUUAAAAAUCCUAUCAGACAAAUCUUUCUUGAAGAGCAUCGUGAACACUCAUUCUUCAUACAAUCACACUUCUGUGCAGCUUGAGUCGAUCAAGACUUCUCAACAUGCAGUACUGAGGUGGAGGAGGAGACUUUGAGCAAGUCAUUAGAAAAGACUCAGGGGGGGUAUCAGCACGUCAAGAGCAGGUACUCUGAAGUAUUGUCCAGGAUUGAAGACCUCGAAAAGGAGCUAAAUGAUCUGAAAGCUAAUUGAGCUAACAGGCUAAAAUAUGCUAUAGAAAAAGGAAGGGUGGAAGGCAUCGAUAGUUUCAAAGCCUCGAAGGAAUUCCAGAAUGAGCUUGUUGAGUUUUCUGAGGGAGGUCUGAGGUACAUGUUAAAGUCGUGCUUGUCACCAUGCUCAUCCGAAUAUCCCAAAGUCACUUUUAAUUUUCUGACCAAGGAGCUUCUUGGAGAAAAACAAGACCAGCCUGAAUUCACUGAGAACGUUAAGGAGGAAAAUUCCAUUCCUACCCCCCCCAACAAACUUCCUCUGAGCCACCUCUUCCCGAUCAGUAUAAUACUUUGGAGUUCUUCCAGAGCUCGUCUGUAAAAACACCCAUGAGAAGACAACGUUGUCAUUCUCGGAGCUGCAGCAGAAAAGGCCCAGCUUCUGAUAAUUAGAUCGUAGUUUUUAAGUUUGUGCAAUUUAUUUUUGUAACUUUUGAACUUGUGGGGGUGGAUUUUGUGAAUUCUUUCUUUGAUUUAUGGAUUUGAUAUCACGUUACUUUCAUUUUGAAUAUGAAUUCUAUUUUAAUUCAAA